AUGGAAAUCACUCCCGAGCUUAUUACUCAGUAUGGCCUCAUGAGCAAGAUCAGCACUGGGAACACGUACCUGGACGUAGUAUUUUGUUUGCUUGUACCUCUUCUCUUGAAGCACCUGGUGCCGGUGUUGACAUCGUUGCCCCAACGUGUCUGGCCUUCAAAGGCCGCGACAAAGUGCGUCACUCGCUGCAUCGAGCACACCCAGCGUUCUUCCUAUUACUGGUACGACUCGGACAGCCAACCACCCAACAGCAUCCUACAACGCGCCGUACUUAACCUCAUCAACCGUGAAGUCCAAACGCUGCGGGAGUUAACGGAUGCGGACGUGGCCAUACGGAAGAAGCCCGCGAGGCCAGCGGACGGCGAUGUGGACAACAAGGUCGCUGCAGCGGACAAGGGCGAGGAUGAAACGGACAGCGGCAGCGAUGACGAUAGAGGCAAGGAGCAUGCGUACAGCUUCAACUUGAUGCCCAAGCCGGGGCAGUGGGUUGCCUUGAAGAACGGCAUCAGGUUCAUGCUGAAUACUGAGAAUCUGGAUGACAAACAGAAGACCACCAAAGUGCGUUACCACCUGGAGUCGAGAGAGAAGGACGGCAACAAGCGGAUCACGACGUUCCUGCAGGAGGCCCUGGAGGUCUACCGGCGGGAGCAAUCCGCUCGGGUGGACCCCGCUCGCUAUCUGUACAUGCCAGUGCUGUCGGGCUUCAGGGAGCCCGCAGCUGCGGAUGGGGACUCCGGCUCCAAACCCUCCGCCGUGUAUAAGCGUUACAAGCUGAGCGAGGAGAAGACGUUCGCGUCUCUGUUCCAUCCUGACAAGGAGGCCAUUCUUAAGCUGGUGGAGCAGUUCCUGAAUAAGACCGGCAAGUUCGCCAUCCCCGGCUACCCACAGAAGCUGGGCUUCCUGCUUUACGGCCCGCCCGGCACAGGCAAGACCAGUCUAAUUAAGGCGCUUGCGCAGCACACGAAGCGCUCGAUUAUCUCAGUACCGCUGUCCAAGAUCUCCACUAACCAGGAACUCAUGGACAUCGUGUUCGACAACAAGCUACAGAUUCAGAACAGCUCCGACUCCGCCAUCUCACUCCCGUUCGAAAAGACAAUCUUUGUCAUGGAGGAUGUAGACGCCGCAAGCAGCGUGGUGCAGCGCCGAAACCAAGACUCCGCGUCGCCGUCCGCCGCCGCUGCGCUCGACAAUGUCGGGGUCCUUGCGCUGGCGGAGCAGCUUGCAGCUGCCAAGCUGGCGAUCGCCGCCAAGGCCUCUGCCGCCGACUCCUCUCACGACGCCUCCAGCACCAAGGACGACGGCGAAGAGUCAGACGACCAGGAUAGCGACAAGGAAGCGGAGGACGGCGGCGGCAGCAGCCGGAACCAGCCCGCAACAGCUUCCUCGGGCGCGCGCCGCGCCGCCGCCGCUGCUGCUGCCGCUGCCUCGUACGGCGCCGCCGCUGUAAGCAGCGGCAGCGGCUGGGAGCGGCCAGGUGUUGCCAUCGGGCCGUCGCUUCCUCUGGGUGCCUUUGGCAAGGGCUUAUUCAAGGGCGAUGAUGACCUCAACCUAGCGGGGCUGCUGAACGUGUUGGAUGGUGUAGUGGACACUCCCAACCGCAUCGUCAUCAUGACCACGAACCACCCGGAGAAGCUCGACCCUGCGCUCAUUCGUCCAGGGAGGAUUAACAAGAAGGUUGGUGACGUAGUCCGGGGCUCUGGGGGCGGAUGGGCCGAAGGCGCGCGCGCGCGCGCGCUACUUGUACCGGCUACACAUUCAUGUAUACCUUCUUUCUUCCCGCGGUUCAGUAUAUUUGAAGGUACUGCGUUUUGCGCCUCGGUGGUGGUGGGCAUGGUGCUCAGAUUGCCCUGUGCCGAGAUAAAGAUGCCGCUUGCGCUGUGCGAUGUGUACAUGGGCCGCCUCCGAGUGACGGAGGCACUGUCCAUGAUGCGCCACUAUUUCGGGCCUGUGAGUGCAGCGGACGAGGCGGCCCUGCGGGCGGUGUUUGUGGACGACCGACUGUCGCCGGCGGAUCUGGAAUCCAUGUGUGCGGAGUACGACACGACGGCGGAGCUGGUGGAGGGCGUGGCGGCGCGGCUGGUGGCGGGCGAGGAGGCUUUUAAGGGUUGUUGA